CAGCGAUGAGUUCUUGUCUGAGUUCUUACUGUUGUCUUUAAUGAGUACUAAAUACUGAGUACUAAGUACUUUGUGGUCAUGAAAGAAUGUUAAGGAGAAGCUGAAAGAGAAAGAGAGAGAGGAGAAACAAGCUGAUAGUUUCCACAGGAUUAUUUUUUCGUAUUUAAAGAUGUUCUCUUCUCUUGCAGCUCUGUAUUGGCAAAAAUACAGUUAUAUGUGUAUAUGCACAUGUAUGUGUAGACAUAUACCCACAGAGACAUGUAUACACUGUGUCUUGCACUUAACAAGAGAAAAAGGAAAUUCUCUUAAAUAAGUAAUAUUACUUUUAAUUACUUCUAAUUACUAAUUAACUGAGUUAAUUUAAACUUCCAAACUGGUAGGGCAUCAUGUUGUUUGGAUAACAGAAGAACAAAAAGUCUCAGAGUAAAGAUUAGUUAGUUGAAGUUGUAAAUAUUGUGUGUGUUUUACAUAUUAACUUACAUUUGUGUCUGAAUAUCUUAGCAAAUCUAAAAUUAAAGUAGCUCUACAGUGUGUUGCCACGGAAAAGUACAAAUGAUGUAACUGUACAGCAGCUUUGAGAGCUGUACUGGCAAAUCAGUGAUGGAUUCCUUAACAGUCUUCAUCCUGUAGAAAUAAGGUAACUUCCAUUUGUGUGAAGAAGUAAUCAGUACAAAUGUUCAUCAUCAAGUGUCAAAAUAUGUUUUAGAGGCAUCUGAAGUUAAGCAUCCUUGUUGAAAAAACUCCUAAUUACCCCAGUAAUCUGGCAAAAUUAUGAUUUAUCUAAUUGGUUUUUGCUUUUUAUGCCAUGGAUUUUAGCAGUAUCUACUGCUCUGUCGUCACAGAAUACAGACAGCUUGUCAUUCAGGAAACCCCUAGCUUCAGUCAGAGCACAGAAAUGCUUUGUAACUUGUUUAUCAGAUGUGAUAAAAUAGCACAUGUAAGUUUUAUUAAUGCCGUUUUGUAUCUAAAUGUGAUGCAUACGCUGGACACACAUGCCUUGCAAAGUGCUCUGGUUUGUGAGAAACACUUCUGAUCAUUUGGCAGUGAUAUGCAGGCCAUCUAAUCAAAUGGAAGAGACAUAGCGAGGGCUAUGGAAGCUCUUUGUGCUGGCAGUGCAGGGGAACAGCAUCUCAGGGCUGAUCAACUGAACUUUUACCAGCACUCCUAACUAGUUUAGUUGUAUAGUUUUCACCUACCUUCUACAUAGUAAAAUCUUAGCUUUUGAAUGUUUCAGUUGCAUGAGAUCUGGUACUGUGAUAGAACUGGAUAGUAGCUCUGGUCAAAAGUGUAUUCAUUAACCAGACAUCCAUUAUUUAGAUUCAGCUCUUCCUUUGUCUUUUUAGUUAAUGUAGUUAGGGCCAUCAUUUUCUCCUUCUAAUAUCAGUCUUCAUCCAGAUAAUUCUGGGUAGCUUCUAAGAUUUUUUUUUUUGUGUGUUCAUGAGCUCUUAAACUGUCUCAGUGUUAAAUAACUGGUUCCAUUAUGGUAAUAUGCAUUACAUUACAUUUGGGUAUGCUUAACUGGGAGGUAAAUGGAAGAUGUUUUAUCUAGUACUGGAAGCAAGAAUGAAAUUUUAAGUAUGAUGAAGUUAUUCUAGACAUUCAAAGGAGCAAUUAAGGUAAAGAUUAUGUUGAAACAAAAGUGCUGUGAAAGUCACUUCCACGUAAUUUUUUUGUUUGUACAAGAGAUUGGCAUCAGGAAUAAUCAGGAAUACUGCUAGCCAACCUUAUAUAACUGGGUGAUAUAAGGAGAACAUUAGAUGAUAUUAAGUGUACUGUGACUUCUGUAUGGAGGACUAACACAUACAUUCAUCCCUCUGGACUGCCUAUCUUCUCCUUAGCUUUCACUGGAACAAUACUGUCUUUGGUCUGUUCUGAAUUCCUCAGAUCAUUUCUUCUAACACGCAGCAUAGGAGAACACUACAUCUUCCGGCAGAUGGGCUUCAAGUAGCCUACCUCCCAGCUGAGGAAUACAGUUCUGCAACUGGAGGCAGCUGGUCCUGAGUGCUGUCACUGCCAAGCAGAAGUGUUACUGAGAGUUCACAUGUACUCAUUUAUAAUGAGGCCAGAUUAGAACUGUUUGACUGUGAUUACUCCAAACCUUUUUUUUUUUCUUUUGGUUUUAUUUUAGGCAGAAAAAUGUAUUAAGAUCUUAAUCUCUUACUUAAAGGGAGAUGGAAGUAGGGACAAAGGAUAUGUUUAUUAUCGUCCUAGAAAUAGGAAAAAGAAAAGUGAUUCAAAUGCCUGCAAAGUUAAACCCAAACUGAAAUGCUUGUCCAUUUCUUUUGGAUUUGUUGAAACAUUCUCUGAAGAAUACAGCAACUUAUUUGUCAGUAAAAUGUGGCUAAGUUUAAAAGUAACAGCCACCUUAGUAAUGCUAAAAUAUUCUUUUUUUAUUUUGUGCAAUACUACCUAGUAACACAGAAUGGUUUGGUUUAGAAGGUACUUUAAAGAUCACCUAUUUCCAACAAGUCUUAUAACAGGGAUGGAGAGAGAUGUUUACAUGUGCCUGUAGGGAUAGGACAAGCUGUAAUGGUUUUGACUAAAAGAGGGUAGACUUAAAGCAGACAUUAGGAAGAAAUUCCUUACUCAGAGGGUGGUGAGGCACUGGCACAGGCUGCCCAGAGAAGCAUUGGAUGCCCCGUCUCUGGGUGUGUUCAAGGCCAGGUUGGAUGGGGCCCUGGGCGGCCUGACCUGGUGGAUGGCAUUUCAGCCCACAGCAGAAGGCUGGAACUGUGGCUUGGCUUUCCUGAUCUCAUUCCUAAAUGUCUUGGUUUGCAUUCCUAUAUUGUUUCCAGGCCACGUGUCUUGAUAAUGAUCACAAGGGAAAAUAAGUCAUAAAUUUUAAAGUAGUUUUUUCUUACCUUGCAUAAUUUAAUUUGCUAAGCAGUUAACCUUGAACCAUUUAUGUUGUACAUAUUUAGUGUUGCUGUGAAAACAUUUAGAUGUGAAUCUCCAAAAAGUGAGGGCUUCACAGUGAUUAGGAUGUUCUUAAGCAUAAUUAAUGUUUUAGAGUAAUUGUAUUUAAUUAGCCAGUUCAGUUUCAGAUUAUGACCUGAGACUGAAAAAUCAGAGUAUUGAAAGGCUUUUCGGAAGAUUGGUGUUCAAAGCUGCACACAUUCUGCAAUGGGCGAAUGAGAAGUUACACAUGUAUUAAUGACAGCUUAAAGGGAUAGAUGGAAGAUUAUGGGUGAGGAAUGAUGGGACAGGGCUGAAUCUUUGCUGAGAGAUGACGGCCUUUAUCUGACUCUACAGCUAAGUGCUGAUUUUUGCUUUUAAAGGCUUGCAUUUUGCUUGAGUAUGUAUAUUAAUGCCGUUUAUCUGCUGUAUGCAGCAACACAUGAUAAUUUUUUCCUAAGAGAUUCUAUAAGUAAAGUGAAAUGUGUGCAUCCUACUGGGCACAACUGGUAGAUAACUUGUGUGCAACAAUAUUACAUCCCAGUCAUGAUCAUGACUUUAACUUUCUGUCCUUCAGGGAACAACCUAUCUUCAGCACCCGAGCUCAUGUCUUCCAGAUUGACCCAAACACUAAGAAGAACUGGGUUCCCACCAGCAAGCAUGCUGUUACUGUGUCCUACUUCUAUGACAGCACAAGAAAUGUCUACAGGAUAAUCAGUUUGGAUGGCUCAAAGGCAAUAAUAAACAGCACUAUCACCCCCAACAUGACAUUUACUAAAACAUCCCAGAAGUUUGGCCAGUGGGCAGACAGCAGGGCGAAUACAGUCUAUGGCUUGGGAUUUUCGUCUGAGCAUCAUCUUUCAAAAUUUGCAGAAAAAUUCCAGGAAUUCAAAGAAGCCGCACGGCUAGCAAAGGAAAAAUCCCAAGAAAAGAUGGAGCUGACAAGUACACCCUCUCAAGAAUCGGCUGGAGGGGAUAUUCAGUCUCCUUUAACGCCAGAAAGCAUUAAUGGGACAGAUGACGAGAGAGCUACGCCAGAAGUGACACAGAAUUCAGAACCAAGGGCUGAACCAACCCAGAACGCAUUGCCAUUUACCCAUAGUUCGACAAUCAGCAAGCAUUGGGAGGCAGAACUGGCCACACUCAAGGGUAAUAAUGCCAAGCUCACAGCAGCCCUGCUGGAGUCCACUGCCAAUGUAAAACAAUGGAAACAACAACUCGCUGCAUAUCAGGAGGAAGCAGAACGUCUUCAUAAGCGGGUGACUGAGCUAGAGUGUGUGAGCAGUCAAGCCAAUGCAGUCCACACACAUAAAACAGAAUUAAACCAGACAAUACAGGAAUUAGAAUCUACACUGAAGAAGAAAGAAGAGGAAAUUGAAAGAUUGAAACAAGAAAUUGACAAUGCCAGAGAGCUCCAGGCACAGAGGGAUUCUUUGACCCAGAAGUUACAGAUACCUCAGCAGUUGGGAGCAGUAUGCACUCUCUUGUUACAUCUGAACUUGUGCCUUUCUGUUGCUGGGCUGACCAGCCAGCCCAGACGUGCUCCUCUUGGGAGGCCUCCAGAUUAAAGGAGUCCUGAAGCUGAAAUUAAUUUGAAUUCAUACUUCAGAAUUUUGAUACAACUGGAAACUCAGGCAUUAAAUAGUUCCAAAUCCAAAGUGCUGAAUUUGACCGUCACUGUUCCACACCUUGACCUAAAUUACACUAAACGCAAGCUCCAUCAAACGGUACACAGUUAAAUGCUCAUUAAACAAGUAUUCUUUGAAAUACAUUAUAUACAUUGGAACUUUCCUGAAUCUCAUUUUAACCUACAAAAUGAACCACUUGAGAACAAAAGUACUUUAUUUGCUUUCCUCCAUCCUUUCUUUUUUAAAAAAGUAUACUAUUAUGAUGUUUCUUUGAAGAUUGUUUUCAGUACAUCUGUUCCACUAUUCCAAAAAUUGUUGCUGAGUUUAGACUAAGCAUGGGAAUUUUCAGCUGAAAAGGAACUUAUCUGAGAGACUUAAAAAAGAGAUAGUAAUAAAAGUUAGAAAUUGUUCGUGCAGUAGUAUAUGUAGUAAUAUCAGCAUGAGAUCUCUAGAAAAGUAAUAAUGAGUUGAGAAGCCGCUAUCCGUAGUAAGCGGAAUUAUGAGAGACUAAUAAAAGAUUAAAGAUGUCUUAGAAUUCAAAAAUGCUAAGUUUUUAUUAAAAAUGAUAAAGUCUGCAGCUUCUUUUUGGUAUAUUUAUAUCUUCAGUAAACAAAUAGAUACGUUGUGUAUCUAUGUCCAUAUGUCAUUUUGUAGGUGAUCGGUUUCUUAAAAUGGUUAUAUGUGGUUCUACUGAAAUAAGUUUAAAGCUGUCUUAAGAUCUGAGAUAAAAGUUGCUGUUCCUCAGGUUCAAGUUUGUUGCUGACCUGAUGCAGCUCUUCUAAAAGAUCUUGGAUCUUUGCUUACUGCAGCACUCCCUCUGCUUUGAUAGUAACAGCCUUCUCUGAAUCCUUCAUCCUAUGUCUGUGAUGUCAGAGAACUGGUGUUUUCUUCCAUAGCCCCAGACUAUGUAUUGAUAUGGUAGACCUGUUGCCUGUUUUCAGGGUGACUGUCUCGAGGGUCUGUAUCUGUUCAUCACACUCUUUUCACCUCUGAUUUAUUUUUCCCCCUCUUGUGUUCACAAAUGGAUUACCUAACUAAUUGGAAUGCAGCCUGUACAAAAAGCACUGUACAAAAAAAAAUGUUAUUUCAAGAUAUUUUGCAUUUCUGACACACAUGUAUGAGGGAAUUAAUUUGAAACCAAUCAUAGGCAAAUUUCAGUAAAUAGCAGUAUGCUAUCACUGUGAAGGGUAAGUAUUGGGGCCCUUGCUACGUAAUAAUUUCAUUAGUUAAGACAUAUGAAUGAGUCAUGAUGAGUGUGACUCUCUUGGUAAGUGAGGAUAUUUUUAUUACUGUGCCUGAUCCCUAAGUACAGCUGUUGUAUGUGGUUUGAAUAUUUUAUUCUGAUCCUUUCUCUGACUGUCUCCAAGAGAUCCACAUGGUGCAAAUAACAAACAUGACUUCUUAAUAAUUUAUUUAUUUUCUAAAAGAAAAUAAUAUAUGAAGAGUUAUUAUGUCUUCUGUAAGAGCAUCUAAAAACAAUGUCCAGGACCUGAAUGGAUCAUCAGAGUCAGUUUAUUGUCAGGUGAGAUUAACUGUAUAUAAAGGGAAAUGAUGCAACUAAGGGAAUAGAUUGUAUUACACGGAUACCUCUCCACUUCUUCCAUUAAUAAGGAACAGUUCUGAGGUAGACUGAUUUGCAAUAGGAAGCUGCAGAUUAGCAGGAUGUGAAUUUUCAAUUCAGUGUUGUUAUAAAAAUCACUAAUACUAAUCCAGGCUAAAGAUGUGUGGAGAUCAAAUCUAACAGUUGGGAAGCAGUGUUUUCCAGAAAUUAAUAGCAAAAGGCCUGCUCAGUCAGUUCUGCGUGAGCUAUGGGAAGGACUGUGUCAUCCCAGCAGGGCCGAGAGGAUGCUGAGUUCCUUGGCUCGUCCUGGACGUGGCCGCUUGGCCUCGGGGUGCAGAGCCCCCACAGCACUGCAUGGCAUGGUCCUUGCCAGCGCUUGGUCUGCAGGGCAGGUGCAGGAGAACCCACGGUGGGUGUUGGUGCUGGCUGGGUGACAGUCAGCUCCUUUGUUUCUUACAUUUGUCAGGCAGCUAAUCGUUACAUAAGCAUGCAUCUGUUUUAGUUUAUGUUGUGCCUACAAACAGUCUUUUUCAGUUAGUUUCCUUUAAUCCUUUGGCAACUAUAUUGAUCUGUGUCAAAUGGAUUAAAAUAAUUUCGAUGCUGGCAGCAAGGGGUAAUCCCUCUCAGUUGUGCUGUUCAAGAUGAGUGGAUAAAAUUCUGUUGCAAAACCACAUACUUGUAGGAAGUGGAUGGGACCUCUGGAGAUCACCUAGUCCAACACCCUGCUAAGGCAGGUUUCCUACAGCACGUUGUGCAUGUAGGUGUCCAGGAGGGUCCGGAGUAUCUUCAGAGAGUUUUAAAAUAUUUUUAACUUGCCACUUUACAGAGGAGCAGCAAGUGAGGUAUUCCAGUUACAAGAUGAGGCCUAGGGGUCCUGAGCUCUGCCUUCCACUGGUACUGGCACUUGAAGAGCUUUGAGGGUGACAGAGGAAUGGUAAUGGAAGCAGUGGGAGGUGAGGAGGGCAGGAAGAGAAUUUUGGUGCUGUCAGGGGCUGCUGCAGGGUGCCAGGCCUCCCUCCCUAAGGCUGGGUGAAAUGGGAUGGUCUUUAACAGAGCAGCUCUGUUAAAGCUUUGUGAUGCAAAGGUGCUGUAAAGGAAGGAGGUGUUUUAAAAAUGUUGGUGCACAUAAAUACUAAUUCAGAAUGCACUUCUCCAGAAAUGGCUGCUCAAGGGUCAUGAAGCACACCGUUCCUGUGCUGCCUGCAGAAGUGGUUUCCAUAGCUAAAAUUAAGAAAUUCAUCAGGAAUGUAUGAGACGUGCAAUAAAUGAGACAGAGCAGCAUGCUGCUGCAGAGGGAUGUGGCUGUACUCUAGCAAUGAGAUACGAGAGGGCCCCAGCAUGUGCUGGGUGUGGAGCUCGUCCGCACGGCACCGUGCUGUGCUGCAGGCCUUGGGGGAGGCUGCUCCAGGGCACAGCUUGCGCUUGUCUUUUUAAAUAUGCCACAAGUGAUUUCACCUUGAUCAGUCGUGCUAGUUUUUAUUCCAGUCUUAAUUUUUAGUGUGCAAAGGCAUAUAACGUGAGACAGAAGUUAGGUGGUACUCCUCGCUACAUAAAGCAGUGGUCAGGGUAAGCUUCUGUGCAAGGCCAGCUCGUGGGGACUCUGCCCUGGAGCAAUUCAUCCAGUCCAAAUCAGGGGACUUGAGAAGUCAUUUUCAUGAAGUGCCACAUUUCUGAAUUAUGAAGUGAUAACACAUUGUACGCUGAGAAAAUUCUAUCCCUCUCCAGAAGCGUCCAUCUAAAAAAAUGGAAAAGGGUAGAUAUUCAAUCCUAAUAAAAAUGUGAGUUCUGGUUUUGUUACUACGGAAACUUUAGAGGAUUGCAAAUUGUUCUGAACACAAAAGUAGCUCAUGAAUACCAGGAGGAGGUUUGACUGCUUUCUGUCUGUAGACAACGCAUUAACAUGUUAUGUAUU